CAAAGACCGUGACUGGCGGGAUAUGCCGGGGUUCACCAUUGUAAUACGCUGAUACGAUUAUCAAAACCAUGGCAUCCCCCACUAGCACGGUGCAAGCCCUAAUUGAAAAAAUACUGUCAGCAGUCAAACAUGGAGAUUGUGAAACUAUAGCAGAUAUAUUUUACAAUGAUCCACAAUGUGUUAAACUACUGGAAGAAGUGUUGCCACUUAGAAAUAAAAAUCAACGGGGUCACGAAUUCCUCUGUGAUCUCUUACAUAUAGUUUGCGAAUAUGGUAAUGUGGAUAUCCUUAUGUUGUUCCUUGCCAUGGAUGUAGAUGUUGAUUUCACAACUCAUAAGGGAACUCCUCUGUGCGUGGCAUGUGAGUAUGGCCACUUUGAUAUAGUGAAACGCCUUGUGGAGCAUGGUGCUGAUUAUUACAGGGCUUCACCAGAACUUGGAACACCAUUGUACAUUGCUACACAGAAAAAUUACAUCAAUGUUGUGGACUUCUUAAUAGUGAACAACCCAGAUUUAAUAAGAUUACAAGAGACCAAAGACACUAUGUUACAUGCUGCCUGUCUUGGUGGUUCGCAUGAAAUGAUAGAAUACUGGAUAAAUUACGGUGCUAAUAUUAAUGGUCAAGUAUAUGUGUAUAAAGAUUGGAGAGGAGAUGAACCACAAACGCCACUGGAAGCUGCAUGUUCAAGUGGCAGUGUAGAUGUUAUCCAUUUCCUGAUUAAAAAUGGCGCGGAGAUAACAACAGAUGUUAUCAGUAAUCAUGGAGAGUUUUUGUGUAAUGUCUUUCUUGACUCCAAGUAUAUACGUAACCGAUAUGAUUCUUGUACUGAGGUCAAAGUGGAUGGAACAAAAACAGUUACCCAGAAUCAUGUUGCUAAAUGGUCCAAUUUAAAGCUUCAUGGCGUGUCUGCACACUGGUUUGUAAAUAUUGCAGAAACACUGGUGGAGAUACAGCUUUCUAACAAUUCUGGUGUUAAACAACUGCCAAGUGUUUUUCCAUGGAGACUUCCAGCAUUAGAGUGUGUUUAUAUCUCCAGGAGUGGUCUGGAAUAUUUGCCAGAUCCGAAAGAUGAGGUUAUAUGUCAAAGGUUGAAAGAGUUGAAUGUAUCCCACAAUUUAUUGCAUUCAGUGCCCAUUGCUCUGUUUCAACUGCCCAGUUUGGAAAGACUAAAUCUUUCUAAUAACAUUCUCACAUCACUGGGGGAAGGAAAUAGCCUCCAUGAUAGUACUGUCUCAUCAGAUUCUGCACUUUCAGAUUCUUUCUCUGAAGAAAACACUGACACAUGGAAUUGCUCAGGAUUGGUACAUCUUGAUGUUUCAUACAACGCGCUAUAUAAGCUACCACGUUAUCUGCGAGCAGCUAACAAACUUGAGAGUCUGAAUGUCUCUAAUAAUAAACUGAAGACAUUCCCCAGACUAUGGUCAUGUCCAUUGGAAACACUAGAUGCUUCAAACAACAAAAUUACAACCAUUCCUAAUGACAUCAAUGUGUAUUGGUCAAAUUCACUCAGAAUACUAGACCUUUCAAAUAACAAGCUACAAGAGAUACGUUGGGGUGUCUGUCAACUUGUGCGUCUUAGGGAUUUAUUACUUGCUUAUAAUCGGAUUGAUCGGUUGCCAGACCCGACGUACUGGAAUGAGAAUACUGAUCUCAGAAAACUAGUGCUUUCAUUCAACAAGUUGGCCAAUGGACCAGACCCUGCAUGUAUUGAGUUAACAUCUGGUUCACCUGGCUGUAGUCUAAGUUCUUCCAGCAGUAGUUCAAGUCCUAGCAACAAGAAAAGGUUUUCCUUUCCACGUAUCAGACUUGGGUCCAAAUCAAGCACUACGUGGCAUUCCGAGGAUUACGAAGGUGAAACGAGUAUUGAAUUCCCGUCACAGUUCUUCACUAGUCUGGAUUCUUUAUCACUUGAUAAUAAUAGACUCAGAUCUGUACCAAAGAUGGUGUGUAAAAUGGAAUCCUUGAGAAUGUUGAACCUCAGCAACAAUGCAGGCAUUACAUACUUACCAUUAGAGCUUGGAAACUUAAAAAGAUGUUGGAAUAUGCAAUUGCACGGUUUAAAUAUAACAAACUUGCCAGAUACAUUACAGCCAGGCACGGAGGGAGUAAGGGUUUCUGAUAUCUGUGCUCAUCUGAAGGCACAGCUCAGGAAAUCUGAACCAUGCAAUAGAAUGAAACUGAUGGUAGUAGGAUUACAGGGUCAAGGGAAGACUACAUUAUUAGCAGCACUGAAAGGUGAACCACCGCCAAGAGAUGAAGAGAUAACUGGAGUACACAUUGAUGAGUGGCUACUCUCAGAUCCAAGUAAAGGUGGAUCAUUGGGAUUUCUUAGAGUUAAGAAUGUUGGUCCUGAUGUGUAUUUCUCUACAUAUGACCUUGCUGGUCAGCCAGAGUAUUAUGUCAUACACCAAUGUUUCCUGACACCCAAUACACUGUACAUGGUGGUAUGGGAUCUGACACUGGGAGAAGAAGGAAUAGACCAACUAGAACCAUGGCUAUCAAAUAUCCAUGCAAGAGCUCCAGAUUCUAUGGUCAUCCUCGUUGGCACACACCUUGAUGCAUUAUCCUUGCAAAAACGAAAGGAUCUCGAAAACAUUAAUUCAAAAAUUCUGAAACAAUACAUUACUAAGAAAAGCAAAGGGUUCCCUCAAAUUAUAAGUGUUCACUAUGUGUCCUGUACGACAAUGGUAAAUAUUGAUGAUCUGAAGAAAGAUAUAUAUCAGAGAGCUAUAUCAGUGACAAUCAGUAGUGGGGAGAACAUAAUUGGUCGAAAGGUACCAAGAAGCUAUAUACUGCUCCAGGAUGAAGUUGUGAAGGAAGUCAAGACUCUGGCAUCCAAGAAUCCACCCGACCCUCCUGUCUUGACUCAGGAAACAUUUGAAGCCUUAGCCAAUCGGAUACCAGAAUGUGAUAUUGACACUGCAGAGGAUCUUCAGCUAGCUGCCAGCUUUCUGAAUGAAACUGGAGUUAUUCUCCAUUUCAACGAUCAGAUGCGAGGACUGAAUACCCUCUAUUUCAUUGACCCUUCCUGGUUGUGUAAAUUUCUGACAAGGGUAAUCGCUGUCCGAGCCGUUCACAACUACGUUGAUGCCGGCAAGAUUAGUAUUCAGAAGAUGAAGUGGUUAUUUCAUGACAAUGAGUACCCCAAACACAUGCUGCCGCAGUAUUUACAACUAUUAGAAAGAUUUGAGAUUGCACUAGCAUUGAGUAGCAAAGUUUUGCUAAUUCCAUCCAUGCUUCCAAAAGAGAAGCCUGGUUUCAGUCCUGAAGUACUGCCAUCGCUGAAAAGAUACUACAGGAUGAGUUACAUACCAAGCGGUUUCUGGAGUCGACUCAUCACGCGACUUAUUGUCAAUGUUGAAAGACUUGUUGAUGGGAACACGACCGUUGCUGCCAGUAUGCCUGCUGAAUUGACGGGACAAGCUGGUACAUUAGGAAAACUAUCAAGACAGAAUUCUUGGAAUGAGUCAAGGAAACAUCGGAGGGGUUUCCAGUUGCUAGACAAGAAGAUGAUAUAUUGGCGUGAAGGAAUAGUAGUAACUCACAGUAAAGGUCACUUCAUUGUAGAGUCGGCUAUUCAAACACUACCAACGGCUGGACAUCUAAAUAUUGGUGGACAUCAAGGUAUUAAUAUCACUGUAGCCAGUCAAUGGAAAGACUACACCGCCAUGGGCUUCAUUGUGGACCAAAUUGACGCCCUCAUCACAGAAUGGUUCCCUGGUCUAGAAGACAGAGACAACGAAGGAAAACUGAUAACACAGCGUCUGAUUCCUUGCCCUAUCUGCAUUGAUCAGCUGUGUCAAGAUAAUGCAGAACCGUCAAGUCUACCUUAUCAAAAUGCUGAACCGAAUCCUUACGAGUUUACCAUAGAGAAGUGCGCCAUGGUAGCCGUGAACAGCGAUGAGAUAACUUGCGAACAACAUCCGAACACGCCGAUUCAGUUAGCAAUGCUUGUUCCAGAUCUAUUGCUGUGUGAUUUGCCCAAGAAUUUAAUGAUGACCCGAGAAUCAUUGGAUUUUGAGGCAACUAAAGAUACCUGUUUAGGUGUUGGCGGAGCCGCUAAGGUGUUUGUCGGCCGAUACAAAGAGCAAGAUGUUGCGUAUAAACAAUUGCACGCCACCCAAGGUCGGACUUUUAGUGACAUCUUCUAUGAUGAACCCCCUGAUAGUGGUUCUGAUUCUACCAGUUCCAGCAAGAGUUCACACAAUAGUGCCACAAGUGAUACAGAUAUUGCAGCACAAUCCAAAAUUAAAGAGGAAAUUGCAGGAAUGGCAGCCAUUAGAGCAUUUAAAGAGCUUCGUGGAGAGGUCUCGCUUCUCUGUAAACUCAAUCAUCCUAAUAUUGUGAGAUUAAUUGGUAUAAAUUUGCGGCCGAUGUGCUUUGCAUUAGAGUUAGCCCCCAUGGGCAGCCUAUCAAAAAUUCUCGACGAUGAGAUGACGAAGCAAAAACGAGGACUUUAUUACAAUAUUCCAGGUUCUUUUUAUGGAACAUUACUGGACCGAGUGCUGACUUACAAAAUAGCACUUCAAGUGAUCACAGCGUUUGUCUACCUGCAUAGCAAGAAUAUCAUUUACUGCGAUAUGAAAUCGGAUAAUGUGUUGGUGUGGAGCAUUGAUAUUGAUGCACCUGUCAAUGUCAAAGUGUCAGAUUAUGGCAUAUCUAGGAUUAGCUCUCCCCAAGGUAUACAGGGUAGCGAUGGAACGCCAGGAUUUCAAGCGCCGGAAGUCAGGCCAGGAAUGGUAUACGAUGAGAAGAUUGACAUCUUCUCCUAUGCCAUGUUACUUUACGAACUAAUAACUGGUAUGAGGCCAUUCCAGAAGUUGGCACGUACAAUAGACAUCACCAAAGCAGUCAGAGAGGGCAAGCGACCAACUUUCAAAGAAUAUUGCAUCAAUGCUAAUUUUCCUGCACUUGAGAAGCUGAUGAAGGAGUGCUGGAAUACCAAUCCCAUACUGAGACCUUCCGCUAAAACUAUUUCCAGGAAGAUGGUAUCCGCAAAUUUUCUUUGUCAACAGAGAAUAUUGGAGAUGAUGAAAGAUGUCAAAUAUAUGAUGUACUCACCGCCACAUAUACAGGGUACGUCGUCGCAUGCUGUUUGGUUUUGGUGCGGUGAGAACGAAGACAGACGGUGUACUAUAGUAGAUACUGAACAUGGAAUUGUCCGAAUGGCAGAGAAAUGUCAUCCAGGGUCGAUAGUUAACUGUGCAAUAAAAUUGGAUAAUGCCACCUGGGUUGGAUGUCAGAGUGGAGAAAUCCAAGUAUUUGGAGCCAGAGAUGUUGGUAUGCCUCAAUGUCUAUGGGCUAAAAUAACUCGCAUACCUAUCAAAGACCUUGCUACACAAACAUUACAGAGUGGACAAACACAACGAGUAUAUGCCGCGCAGGAGCAAGGCAUUGUGACUGUGUUUUCAAGACGUGUGGAAGAAAGCGUAUCAAUGAGAGUCAGCUGGAAUGCUCAUGACGAUCAAAAUGAUUGGGUUAUAGCCAAGAUAUUGAGUAUCGGUCAAGAGGAGGAGGCCUGCAACUGUGUGCAGCUAGUGAAGAACGAGUUAUGGGUCGGCUGUGGGAGCAUUAUUAAAACUGUUAACACCAAACUGCUACUGGUCGAACACAAGAUAAGUCAUCCGGCACUGGAUAGGUUGGAGGUCAUUGAACAGAUGGAUUGUGGGUAUGACGGGGUGUGGUGUUCCAAUAGCAGUUCCUCAGUUUUAGUGUUGGUUGAUGUGAAGACACAUCGCGUUACAGAGGUGUUCGAGUGCGGUAUUGUCAGAGUUGGUAAAGUGAUUAAGAAAACUUUAGAUGAAGUUUCAUCAGCUGAGGCUAAGCGAUUUAGCAACCCAUGCAGUGAUGCAGGGUCUCAGACUGAUGAAUUUGAAAGAUAUUCAAAUCUGACCAGUUCAUUUCCUCAGAGGGGAUCACAAGAACGGACUGGAAGACGCAAUGCCAUGAGAUCCAAAAGUAGUGUUGACAUUCGACAAGAGUUAGCUGCUGGGACAGUUUCAGUGAUGGCAAUCAAAGCUAUCAAAGACACAUUAUGGAUUGGGAGAAGUAUUGGUGAUGUUGUCAUUGUUUGUGUCAAUCCAGAUAGUCGCCAUGGUUACCAAUAUGGCCAGGUUUUGGCGGUUCUGUCAGCUGAAUCUAUCAAAGGCUACAGGGCUGGUAGUGUACAUCAGAUCAUAUCCACGGAAAUUGAUAGGGUGGUUGUAUCCCAAGAGUACCAAUGUUUACAUGGGGCAAGUACGGCAGCAAAAGAUGCAUUCCGAAUCACUGUCUGGGAGAAUUGGGGAACAGACGAGUUGGCACUGUUAGACAGUAUUCAUCAGAAAAUAGAACAGAAAGAUGAAUGA